AUGGUUCUCAUGCAGCCUGUGUUGUCUGUGGGAGAACUGCUGGAGAGAGCUAAUAGAGACAUUGUUCGUGGUCCUGAUGAACCAGUGGUUGUUGGGGACAUUGCUGUUGAUGUUGACAAUGGAAGGAACGCUGAUCCCUGCACAUCUACUGGCUGCAAGUGGCCCAAGUACAGUGAUGGACUGGUCUAUGUGCCCUACAUCAUUGCCAACCACUUCACCUCCCGUGAGCUGCAGGUUAUCCAGAGAGGUCUAGAUUCCUUUGCAUCUGUUACUUGUAUUCGUUUUGUUCCACGCUACAAUGAGAGGGAUUAUAUCAGCAUUGAGUCACGCAGCGGCUGCUACUCUUAUGUUGGGCGUCUUGGUUACGGACAGACAGUGUCUCUGGACCGCAAUGGAUGUAUCUACCACAACACUGUCCAACACGAGCUACUUCAUGCUCUGGGAUUUAACCAUGAACAGACCCGCAGUGACCGUGACAACCACAUCCGUGUCCUCUGGGAGAAUAUCAUGGACGACAUGAAGUAUAACUUUGACAAGAUUGCUACUCUGAACCAGGGCACUCCCUAUGAUUACGACUCUGUCAUGCAGUAUCACAGAACUGCAUUCUCAAAGAAUGGUCAACCCACAAUGGAGCCCAUUCCCAACAGCAAUGUAGCAAUCGGCUUGGCCAGAGAGAUGAACAAAAAUGACAUAAUUAGAAUCAACAGGCUCUAUGGGUGCUAACGUGAGAACACUUGUGGUCUGUGCUGUGGCUAAUAUCCAUGGACGUGGGGAGCUCCUACUGAUUUACUGCUUAUGUGAUUCUAAAAAGUUAAAAAUAAACCACUGAAAUAAAAUAACACACAAAAUUAAAUGAAA